GCUCCUCUGAUUGAAGCCUCAGUUCCAGCGCGUGUUCGUGUGUGUGUGUGUGUGUCACUCUCACUGCGCGCCUCAUCCGUACACACCAGCCUUCAUUUCUUCACCCGCGGGAAACUUCCUCCAGCGGGGAUGAAGUCUUAAGCAGCAGCGCCAAAAGUUGGGGAGUGUUUGUUCACCGGGAGGAGAGCGAGCGAGAGCCGCCGUCAUGGAGGAGGAAGACGGGCAUCCGGAGAACGGACUCCACGCCGGCAAGGACUCGGACCGACAGCAGCGACUCCGCCUGUGUGUUCUAAACGAAAUACUCAACACGGAGAGGGAUUAUGUUCGGAAGCUGGUGUUUCUCCAGUCGGCCUUCUUGUGCAGAAUCCAGCAGACGCCGGACGACCAGCAGUGUCUCUCCCCGGAACAUGUCAAGAUUCUCUUCUCAAACAUCGAGGACAUCCUGGAGCUGCACAGAGAAGUCUUGUCUGCAGUGGAGUCUGCUCUGCAGCCCGAGCCUCAGCCGCACCACGCACUGGGCCAAGUCUUCCUGCAGUUUAGGGAGAGCUUUUCCGUCUACGGCGAGUACUGCAGUAACCACGAGAAGGCUCUGAGGCUUCUAAUGGAACUCAACAAGAUCCCCAACAUCAGGGCCUUCCUCCUGCAUUUGAUGCUGCUGGGAGGGAAGAAGAGCACCGACGUCCCUCUGGAAGGUUACCUGCUCGCCCCCAUCCAGAGGAUCUGCAAGUACCCACUGCUGCUGAAGGAGCUGCUGAAGCGGACACCUAAGAAGCAUGCCGACUACCCGGCGGUGGAAGAGGCUCUGCAGGCCAUGAAGGCGGUCUGCUCCAACAUCAACGAGACCAAGAGGCAGAUGGAGAAACUGGAGGCUCUGGAGCAGCUGCAGUCGCACAUCGAGGGCUGGGAGGGAACCAACCUGACCGACAUCUGCACCGAGCUGCUGCUCCACGGGAAUCUCCUCAAGAUCUCAGCGGGAAACAUCCAGGAGCGCGUCUUCUUCCUGUUCGACAACCUGCUGGUCUACUGCAAGAGGAAGUCCAGGGUUUCUGGGAAGAAGUCCACCAAGAGGACCAAGUCCAUCAACGGGCCACUCUACGUCUUCAGGGGGCGGAUCAACACAGAGGUGAUGGAGGUGGAGAACGUGGAGGACGGAACAGCCGACUACCACAGCAACAACUACACGGUCACCAACGGCUGGAAGAUCCACAACACGGCCAAGAACAAGUGGUUCGUCUGCAUGGCCAAGAACCCUGAGGACAAGCAGAAGUGGCUGGACGCCAUCCUGAGAGAGCGCGAGACCAGAGAGAGCCUGAAGCUGGGCAUGGAGCGGGACGCCUACGUGAUGAUCGCCGAGAAGGGCGAGAAGCUCUACCACAUGAUGAUGACCAAGAGCAGACACCUCAUCAAGGACCGGCGGAGGAAGCUCAGCAUUGUGCCCAAGUGCUUCAUGGGAAACGAGUUUGUGUCGUGGCUGCUGGAGAGUGGAGAGAUCAGCAAACCUGAUGAGGGAGUCAACCUGGGUCAGGCUCUGCUGGAGAAUGGCAUCAUCCACCAUGUGUCAGACAAGCACCAGUUCAAGAACGAGCAGGUCCUGUACCGCUUCCGCUACGAUGACGGCACCUACAAGGCUCGCAGUGAGAUGGAGGACAUCAUGUCCAAGGGCGUCAGGCUCUACUGCCGGCUGCACAGCCUCCACACGCCUGUCGUCAAGGACAGAGACCAUCACCUGAAAACCUUCAAGUCCGUCGUUCCAGCCUGCAAACUUGUGGACUGGCUCCUGUCUCAGGGCGACUGCUCGACCCGUGAGGAUGCGGUGACGCUGGGAGUGGGGCUGUGCAACAACGGCUUCAUGCACCAUGUCUUGGAGAAAAGCGAGUUCAGAGACGAGUCCCAGUUCUUCCGGUUCUACGCGGACGAAGAGACGGAAGGAACCAGCGCCAAGAGCAAGCAGCUGCAGCGCAACGACUUCAAACUCAUCGAGAACAUCCUGGCCAAGUCUCUGGUGAUCCAUCCAGAGGAGGAAGACUAUGGCUUCGAGAUCGAAGAGAAGAACAAGGCCAUUGUGGUGAAGUCCGUCACCAGAGGCUCCCACGCUGAGAUGGCAGGUCUGCAGGCGGGCAGGAAGAUCUUCACCAUCAACGAGGACCUGCUGUUUCUCCGGGCCUUGACUGAGGUGGAAACCAUGAUCAGUCAGGCCUUCUGCAUGCGGCGCUCCCUGCGGCUGCUGGUCGCCACCAAGGCCAAAGAGAUGCUGAAGAUCCCCGACACCCCGGAUAGCUUGUCCUUCAGACUGAGCGGCUCCACGCCUCCACACGUACACGCUGUUCGGAAAGGUUGGGAAGCAGCAGCCGCCGGGCUGCAGGCGGGUCAGGUCGUCCUCAAGGUCAACGGCAGCAAUGUCAACCAUGGUGACUACCAGGAGGUUCUGGAGCACUUCACAGCCCAGCACACACACCUGGAGCCUCAGCAGGCGUGCCAGUGGGUGUAUCGAGCCUUCGAGGAUGUGGAGGAGUUCCACCGAGGCCACGGUGCCGCAGACAAGCAGGAGAACUCCUUCACGUCGUAUCCUCUGGAGAACGGGUCUGAUCACGAGGAGGAGAAUGGCACUAACGGAACAGACUACAGGCUGGGUCGGCUGUCCCUUAGCGAGGACCUGCCUCUGGUCAGUCUGACGGUGGACAACGUUCACCUGGAGCACGGCGUCGUCUACGAGUACGUCAGCACGGCGGGCAUCAAGUGCCACGUCCUGGAGAAGAUGGUGGAGCCCAAAGGCUGUUUCAGCCUCACCGCCAAGAUCCUGGAGGCGUUUUUGGCCGACGACAGACUCUUCGUGCGGAACUGCAGCCUCCUCAUCGCGCAGAGCGACCGAGUGGUGUCCAUGCCGCAGUUUGAGUUCCGACAAAUCUGCGACACCAAGCUGGAGAGCAUCAGAAGAAGGAUCAGCAGCUACCAGCAGUUUUCUCAGGAGCUGAGGAACAAGGCGUGGCCGUGCUUCCGGCAGGCUGGCGCUCGUCCACAUCCUCUGGGUUGCAUGGACUUCAUCCCCACCAACUGCCACGUCAACCUGAUGCAGGUGUCCUCUCCGAAAAGCACCACCUCUGCCGGGAGAACCUUCAGCAUCCGCUUCGGACGCAAGAACUCCAUAUUUGGUCUGGACCCGGAUCAAGCCCAACUCAACCCCAUGUCCCACACGCAGCACUGUGUGACCAGCAUGGGCGCCCCUUGCUGGAACUGCACUGGCCUCAGUGAAGAGCAUUCAGAUGUAGAGCUGAUGAUAGACGACGGACCGUCGGAGGGGCAGCGACCUCGUGGCGAAGGAGGGCUAAGCUUCCUGCUCAAGCAGGAGGACACGGAGACCCAGGACUCGUACCUCCACCUGUACAGCCGCCUGGACGUGGCCGUGAGGGAGAUGCGGCAGUACGUCGCUCAGAUCGACGUCCUCCUGUCAUCCAUCACCGAGCCCACUCAGCUGCCAGGGGGCAGCGUGGAGCCCCCGACGUACGAGCACAGCCAGCCCCCCUCCGUCACAUCCGGCGAGGAAGCCUGCGACCAGGACAAGGUGGAGCAGUGCUGCAUCAAACGUGUGUGUUUCAAGGUCAACGAGGAGGACCAGGAGGACUCAGGUCAUGACACCAUGAGCUACAGAGACUCCUACAGCGAGUGCAACAGCAACAGAGACUCUGUCCUGUCCUACACCAGCGUGCGCAGCAACAGCUCCUACCUGGGCAGCGAUGAGAUGGGCUCAGGCGACGAGCUGCCGUGUGACAUGAGGAUCCCGUCAGACAAGCAGGACAAGCUGCACGGAUGCUUGGAGCAUCUCUUCAACCAGGUCGACUCCAUCAACAACCUGCUGAAAGGAUCCGUCAUGACGAAGGCCUGUGAGGAGACCAAGCAUUUCUACUCCGACCACAGCCAGCCAGAGUUCCGCCAGACGGAAGACUGGACCGUUCGCUGUCGCUACGUCAUCCACAAGAACAUCCAGGAGGACCCUUGGAACCUGCCCAGCUCCAUCAAAACACUGGUGGAGAGUCUGCAGAGAUUUGUGGACGAUGGGAAGAACCAGCUGCUGCUCGCUCUGCUCAAGUGCACAGACACUUCGCUCCAGCUGCGGCGUGACGUCAUCUUCUGCCAAGCUGCCACCGGCGCCAUCUGCACACUGGCCGAGCAGUUGCUGGCGGCGCUGCGCUCGCGCUACAACAACGCGGGCGAGUACCAGGAGGACAGCAAGGAGACCAGCCGCAAGUGGCUGGAGCAGAUCUCGGUCAUCGGCGUGCUGCUGCAUUUCCAGUCCACGCUGUCGCCGUACGAGAAGGAGGAGCGCACCAUGCUGGAGGACACCAAGGCUGCGCUGCUGGACCUGGACAAGGUCACAGUGUUUUUCAGGCAGCUGGAGGACGAGUGUCUGGUGGCCAACAGUCCGGUGAGCUACCAGGUGGAGGGCAAUCGGCAGGCCCUCAGAGUCACUCUCUUCCUGGACAGCUGUCACUUCAGCGAGCUGCCCACUCGUCUGCAGAAUGGAGGAAGCCUCAAGCUUCACACGGUGCUCUUCACCCGUGCCCUGGUGCGUCCAGCAGAGGGCGUGACCCAGCAGGAGUUCACCUCCAUGGAGGAGUUCCAGCAGCGCAUGAAUGCCGUCUCCCUGGAGAGGGUCAAGGCCUACUACCGCAGACUCAGAGCCUUCUACCUGGAGAAGUCCAACCUGCCGGCGGACUCCAGCAGCACGGCGAUGAAGAUCGACCAGAUCCUGGGCCUCGAGGUUCGAGAUAUCCAGCCCAGCAUUUCCAAACUGCUGCGACCCCUCAACACGCUGGACGACCUCUGCCGACUCAUGCAGUCCUACGUCAAUGUGCGUCCCAGCGCCGCCGGCCACCCGUCGGGCGUCAGCGUGCUGUGCGUGUCGUCGGAGCUGUGCAACCGCCUGGGAGCGUGCCACAUCAGCAUGUGUGGCACCGGCAUGCAGAGGUGCACCCUGAGUGUGACACUGGAGCAGGCCAUGGUUCUGGCCCGGAACCACGGCCUGAUGCCGCGCUGCACCAUGCAGACCAUGGACAUCAUGCGUAAACAGGGGGCGCGAGUGGAGCUUUCAGCGAAAAAUCUCAAGGUCAUGGACCAGAUGCCGCCGACUGCCCCCAGGCUCUUCCGACUGUGUUUGCCCCCCUCCGACGGAGACCUGUGAGGACCCACACGGCUCAAACCCACCUCCGAUUCCCGUCCAUCACGGAUGCAGCUGGACUUGUGAAUAAAACUGAUCCAAGUGUCCUGGUUCUGGUCCGGGACGCUGGCUCCACGUGGUGCCUUCCAGACUUACCGUUAACUGGAUUAACCAAACUACCUGUAGAUCCUUAGCGCAUUGUUGUGCCUGGGACCGGCAUGUUUGGCGUCCCACAGGGCUGGAUGCUCGGCCCUCCGCUCUUCAUGCGCCGUGCGUGGCUAGUGGGAAGUAGGCGGUAAAGGAGGAAUAAAAGGGUGUGUUUCUCAGCCUGGCACCGUUGAGUGAUGCACAUCACGUGAUAACUGCAUUCACAAUAGCUUUUUGUUCUAAAAAUGCUUUAUUUGUUGAAUUAGCUUCUUGCUAAAGUGGUCAGAAAAACGGGCAAGCUAGCUGCAGCGUCAACCCCAGGUGGUGGUGUGUCGCUGUGUGUGUGUUUACAUCGCGGCAGCGAGCGUUAGACGCUGCAGUUCCACUGUUGAGACAAGGAUUCAUAAAGACAUCGAUCACCAUCUUCCCUCCAGCAGAGUCAGGCGGCGCCAUAAGCCUGUUGCAUGUUGUUACUGUGCAAUUACUGUAGUGUGAGUACUGUAUUACUGCACAUAUGAAGGAUAGCUAUUUAUUACGUCCACUAAUAUCCUACUGGUGUAUCAGGUGUUCCAGAUUCCGAGAGCAUUCCAGACGGCAGUAUUUAAAGGACCAAUGGCAUUUUAUUGUUGUUUAUUUAUGUGUUUUUAAUGUCAGGAAGUCUUAGAUUGAAUUUCAGGGAGAAAGAUCAGAGUCCCGACGAAAUAAAGCUAAAUGCGGAUGUAAAAAUUAAAUUAUUAAUAUAUUAAUUCAGUUCUUCUCUUUGAGCUUGCAUUUCUUCAUGAAUUGGCGUUUAGAAUAACUUCCUGUAAACAUGGAGAGCGCCACGCUAGCAGCGUCGGUUACAGAAGCCUGACAAGGCAGUGUUAGCAAUGCUAACGGUGUUGCUGUCGACAACAGCUGCGACAGUGGUGUCAUUGCCUGCGGCGUGAGCGACGUGUUGGAUGCUAGCAAAGUCAGAGGAGGCAGUGUUAGCCGGUGCUAGCAGUGAGGGCGGGGUUGAUGUCAGACUUCAGCGUCAGCAUGGCCAGCAGUCAUGUUAGCGUUGUGAGCAGCGGUGUUGUCAAGGGGAGCGAGUGGUCGAGCGAUUUCUGGAAAUUCUUUUGUAAAUAUAAAGGAUGAGACGUUUGCAGAGGAAGUUACUGAAGAAACUAUGAGUCUUAUUUAUUGGGUUGAGUCCACCGAGUGCUCGGCCCCCCCAUCCCUCCACGUGACCCCUCCUCCUCCUCUUCACAGUUCUUGUAAAUACUUAAUUUGUAUUUUUUUAUGUUGCCUGAAAAUAACUGUACAAAAUGGCGGAAUCUUUCUAAACGGAUGCGUGGAAAUCUUAACAAGCUAGUCAAUAAAAAGUUCACACUG